AUGAGUUUCUGGUGGUCCCAAUGUGCUCUCCUCACUUUACGCAGCCACGUACUGCUUUUAAUCUUUUCGAGAAGAGCCUCAACAUUUGAAGUCACUCUGCUUCACACCAAUGAAGUCCACGCACGCAUCGAGGAGCCCAGUGUGGAUUUGGUAAGGUGUCCUUUUGGGGGUCCAUGCUUUGGUGGGGUUGCUAGGCAGUUUACCAAGAUUUAGAAAAAGGAGAAAAAUGUUUUGCUUCUGGAUCCUGGAGACCAGUUUCAAGGCACUUUCUGGUUUAAUUACUUUAUAGGCACAGAAGCAGCAGAACAAACUUGGUUAGGGUGUGAUGGUAAGAUGGUAUUGAAACCACGAGUGGAGGGUUCGAUCAAACCUUUUCUCCAGAAUGUAAAUUGUUCUGUGAUGAGUGCCAACACUAAACCUGACCACAUACUGCCUGUAAAUAUGAACAGUUACUACCAUCUCUAAAUCAUCCAUGUGGGCUCAGAGAAAGUGGCUGUGGUUGGUUACACCACUCACGAAAACCCCUCCCUAAAGUUUGAGAAUGAGGUGGGUAAGCUGAAAACUCUGGGCUAUAACAAGAUCAUUGCCCUGGGACACUCUGGAAUCACAGUGGACCGAGACAUUGCCAAGCGUGUAUCAGGGGUCGAUGUUGUUAUUGGAGGACAAUUCCUCUACUCUGGUACACCUCCAUCGACUGGGGUGAAGGAGGGUGAUUAUCCUUGUAUGGUAAGGUCUAAUGAUGGUAGAAACGCACCCGUGGUCCAGGCUUAUGCCUGUGGGAAAUAUCUUGGAUAUUUAAAGGUCACAUUUGAUGGGGUCGGGAAUGUUAAAAACGCUAUUGGAAACCCCAUCUUACUGGACAGCAGCAUAUCUCAAGGCAGAAAAAGUAAAAGUUAA